AGUGGUCAGUGCUCAUUGAAUUGGGUGUUACAGCAGUGGUCAGUGCUCAUUGAAUUGGGUGUUACAGCAGUGGUCAGCACUUGUUGAAGCUCAGUAAAUGCAAUGCAACAUUUCAAAAGCGGCACGACCGUUCCAUUACAGUCUAAAGAUGGAGGACAGCAUUAAUACUGCAGCGAGUGUUGCAGCUGUGAUAAUGAGGUCUGUCUGUAAAACAUUUGCCUUUAGCAGCUGACCAAUCCAGCGAGGGUUGCCAUAGUGACAUCAUCAAUGAGUCGAAAGCUCAGCAGAUCAGAGCUCUGAGAGUCUGUAAUGAUCUGAUUCAACUGCUGACUGGAAUAAACACCAUGCCAUUUUGAAAACGUCCGGAAUAGCUUUUUAAAGAACAUUCCUGCAAAGUCUUCAGACCAGAAGUAGUAAAGCCUGCUCCAUACAAUGUCCUCACGUGCUGCUGGGCCUGGAAGUCUUUAUCGCUUUGCUGCUUUUAGAACAUGUUGAACCACCGUGUUGAUAAAGCCAGAAAGCUGAGCUGUUGUUCAAGACCUCUUUUUCACUUCAGAUAAAUAACUGAAGCAACAAGGCAGCGAGUGUCUGUCCUUUAUUUCUGUCAUUCUUUAACCCAUCUAUCAACAGCCCCAGAUGAAUCGGGUGCAGGGGAGCAAUCUCAGCCCUAGUUAACUUGAGGCUAAACAGCUGUCUAUAUUCAUGAAACCCUAAUUCACUGCUGCUGCAUUAUCACAUAGCAUUUCAUCUCUCACUACAUUCUUUCAUUGCUCGCUUUUACAAGUGCUCUCCCAAAAACAACAAGCACCUCUUUAUUUAUUUUGAAUGUGCUUGAUCAUGAAUUAAAAAAAAGAGAGAGACUGGCUUCACCCACAAACAAUUCAUCUGCUCAGUAGUAUGAAUAGCUAUAUAUAUAAUAUAGAACCAAUUUUGCCAAAUAGUCCUGAAUGAAGUGUUUUCACAUUUAAUUGCAUCUACCUAUACAUGCUUCUCUAGACAGCUGAAAUAACAACAAGCAAAGACUUGCUCUAUACUGUGUAUGAGAUCUGAAAAACACCCAAAGCUGAACUGUAUUACAACGCAGACCAAGAAACUACUACCUGAUUACAGAGACCAGCCUAACCAAUCCGCUGCACUUGUUCAGUCACUACAAACAGGAAUUACCAAUGGAAUCAGCAGAGAUGGGGGAUUAAAACAAAUACAUUUUUAAAUAAAAACUAAAAACAGUUUUGUGUACAAAAAUGCUAUAUAUGAAAACUAAAAAUGAUUGUCUUUAAGAUAAAAUGAAAAUGGAGGUAAAAGAAGUAUUGAAAAAGAACUGGUGUUAUUCUAUAACAGGAGCAGAUAAACGAUUUCACGUGCCCGUGAUGUAGACUCCCCCCCACCCCCAGAGCUUCUGACUGGUUUCCAGCUCAACACUGCCAUCUACUGGUGACUCUAUGCAGUGCAUCACGGUGGUAUUUAAGGACAAGUACAUAAAAAAAAAAGCAUUUUUGUGCUGUUACAAAUUGGAAAAGAUAGCAGCAAUGGCUUUACUCUUGCCAAGUGUAUGGCAAUGGUCUGUAUUAACUUAUGUAUAUUAUGUUAAAUAUGCGGGUAUCGGGGAAAUGCAGUAUAGUAAUAAAUGUUAUUUAAAAGUAAAAGGGAAAGAUAUAACAUGUGUAAUUACAGCGUAGUUCAAAACAGAUUAAGGAUUUCGAACACUAGAAGAAAACAACAGUUUAAAUGUGGCAUUUCAUCAGCAACAGUUUGUAGAUCAUUGAAGAAAGUGGUUCUAUAUAUUAAAAUAAAUCAAAUAAAAUACAUUUAAAAAAGAGGCAUCAGCUAAAGACACGAAACUCUCGGGGCCUGAUGUUUGAUACCAGGCAAGUAGACUCUCACGCAGUCUUUCUCAGAUCUAAGAGACGCUUCCCAUGUCUAAGAUCUGUAGCCGCGGAGGAAGGGGCUGUGUACUCUCACGCAGUCUUUCUCAGAUCUAAGAGACGCUUCCCAUGUCUAAGAUCUGUAGCCGCGGAGGAAGGGGCUGUGUACUCUCACGCAGUCUUUCUCAGAUCUAAGAGACGCUUCCCAUGUCUAAGAUCUGUAGCCGCGGAGGAAGGGGCUGUGUACUCUCACGCAGUCUUUCUCAGAUCUAAGAGACGCUUCCCAUGUCUAAGAUCUGUAGCCGCGGAGGGAGGGGCUGUGACUCUCACGCAGUCUUUCUCAGAUCUAAGAGACGCUUCCCAUGUCUAAGAUCUGUAGCCGCGGAGGAAGGGGCUGUGUACUCUCACGCAGUCUUUCUCAGAUCUAAGAGACGCUUCCCAUGUCUAAGAUCUGUAGCCGCGGAGGGAGGGGCUGUGACUCUCACGCAGUCUUUCUCAGAUCUAAGAGACGCUUGUGGUGCGUUAAUCAAAUGUUUAAGUAAUGUGUCUAUGUUACUAUUUAAACAGUGGUGCGUUAAUAAAAUGUUUAAGUAAUGUGUCUAUGUUACUAUUUAAACAGUGGUGCGUUAAUCAAAUGUUUAAGUAAUGUGUCUAUGUUACUAUUUAAACAGUGGUGCGUUAAUCAAAUGUUUAAGUAAUGUGUCUAUGUUACUAUUUAAACAGUGGUGCGUUAAUAAAAUGUUAAAGUAAUGUGUCUAUGUUACUAUUUAAACAGUGGUGCGUUAAUCAAAUGUUUAAGUAAUGUGUCUAUGUUACUAUUUAAACAGUGGUGCGUUAAUCAAAUGUUUAAGUAAUGUGUCUAUGUUACUAUUUAAACAGUGGUGCGUUAAUCAAAUGUUUAAGUAAAUGUGUACACAUGCCUCUGACAAGUAUUAGGAGGACACAGGUCUCAAUGUUUCUAUGUUUUCUGAAUGAACUACAGUUCCCAGCAUGCAAUUCAAACCCUGAUUUGAAACCAUGCAGUAACCCCAGUCCCCGGCAGGCAGCCACGCUAUCUCAGGACAAGACUAGCGGGAUCAUCAGGAGACCCUCACAUAGAAACCCUUGAAGCUAGCCGAAUGAAGCGAGCCGCUGCAAAGCAUCUAAUAGAGCGCUACUACCAGCAGUUAACUGAGGGCUGUGGAAAUGAGGCCUGCACGAAUGAGUUCUGUGCUUCCUGUCCGAGUUUCCAUCGUGUGGAUAACAAUGCGGCCGCCAUCAAGGCCCUCGAUCUUUAUAAGAUUAAUGCAAAACUCUGUGAUCCUCAUCCCUCCAAGAAAGGAACGAGUGCUGCUUACCUAGAGACCAGUGCCAAAGGAGCCCGCCACAACGCGUGCAGCGCCAGGGGGAUGAACCGGACGGAGGAGCCUCCCGCGAGGGAUCACUUCAAAGAUUUGAAUUACCUUACAGAGGAGAAAGUAUAUGAGAUCCUGGAGACCUGUGGUGAAAAGGAGGAUUAUUCCCCGUUGAUCCGGGUGAUCGGCAGAGUUUUCUCCAGCGCCGAUGGCUUGGUGCAGAGCUUCCGAAAGACCAAGCAGCACACAAAGGAAGAGCUGAAAUCACUGCAGGGGAAGGAUGAGGACAAGGAUGAGGAUGAGAAAGAGAAAGCCGCCUGCUCUGCUGCUGCGAUGGAGGAAGACUCAGGAGCCUCGUCUUCCAGGUUAGAAGCCGGCAAGCCGGGCCCUGACGAAGUGUCUGUGGAUGUGGAGGCGGUGAGGAGGGUCUACAGCAAACUGCUGGCCAACGAGAAGAUAGAAACAGCCUUUCUCAACGCACUGGUUUACUUGUCACCCAAUGUGGAAUGUGACCUGACGUACCAUAACGUGUACUCCAGGGAUCCCAAUUACCUGAACUUGUUUAUCAUAGUCAUGGAGAACAGCAACCUCCACAGCCCUGAGUACUUGGAGAUCGCCCUGCCUCUGUUCUGCAAAGCACUGAGCAAGCUCCCACUCCCUGCUCAAGCCAAGCUGGUGCGGCUGUGGUCUCGGUAUAGUGCGGGGCAGAUCCGUCGCAUGACCGAGACGUUUCAGCAGCUCAUCACCUACAAAGUGAUCAGCAACGAGUUCAACAGCCGCAACCUGGUGAACGACGACGACGCCGUCGUGGCUGCCACCAAAUGCUUGAAAAUAGUUUACUAUGCAAACAUGCUGGGAGGGGAGGUGGACAGGGGUCACAAUGAGGAGGAGGACGAGGAGCCCAUCCCCGAGUCCAGCGAGCUCACUUUGCAGGAGCUUCUGGGGGAGGAGCGGAGGAACAAGAAGGGGCCUCGGGUGGACCCGCUGGAGACAGAACUGGGUGUAAAGACUAUCGACUGCCGCAAACCACUGCUCCCUUUCGAGGAGUUUGUAAACGAGCCACUCAACGACGUGCUGGAGAUGGACAAAGACUACACGUUCUUCAAGGUGGAGACGGAGAACAAGUUCUCCUUCAUGACCUGCCCCUUUAUCCUCAAUGCUGUAACCAAGAACCUGGGACUGUACUACGACAACAGGAUCCGCAUGUACAGUGAGCGGCGUAUCACUGUCCUCUACAGCCUGGUUCAGGGGCAGCAGCUCAACCCCUACCUGAGACUCAAAGUGCGACGGGAUCACAUCAUCGACGAUGCCCUUGUCAGACUUGAGAUGAUUGCCAUGGAAAACCCUGCAGACUUGAAGAAGCAGCUGUAUGUGGAGUUUGAAGGAGAGCAAGGAGUGGAUGAAGGAGGAGUUUCCAAAGAGUUCUUUCAACUCGUAGUGGAAGAACUGUUCAACCGCGAUAUCGGAAUGUUCACGUACGACGAGACGACCAAACUGUGCUGGUUGAACCCGUCCUCGUUCGAGACGGAGGGUCAGUUUACACUGAUUGGGAUUGUGCUGGGGCUUGCCAUUUACAAUAACUGUAUCCUGGAUGUUCAUUUCCCCAUGGUCGUCUACAGAAAGUUAAUGGGGAAGAAAGGAACUUUCCGCGACCUGGCCGAUUCUCAUCCGGUGCUGUUUCAAAGUUUAAACGAGCUCCUGGAAUACGAGGGCAGUGUUGAAGAUGACAUGAUGAUCACUUUCCAGAUUUCACACACCGAUCUCUUUGGCAAUCCGCUGACGUAUGAUUUAAGGGAAAAUGGAGACAAAAUCCCUGUUACUAAUGAAAACAGAAAGGAAUUUGUUGCCCAGUAUGCUGAAUAUAUGCUGAACAAAAGCGUUGAAAAGCAGUUCAAGGCGUUCCGGAGAGGUUUCCACAUGGUGACCAGCGAGUCUCCGUUAAAGUAUUUAUUCCGACCCGAGGAAAUCGAGCUGCUGAUCUGUGGAAGCAGGAACCUAGACUUUGAAGCACUUGAAGAAACAACAGAAUACGAUGGAGGCUACACCCGAGAUUCCCGUGUCAUUAGGAGCUUCUGGGAGAUCGUCCAUUCAUUCGCAGAGGAACAGAAACGGCUGUUUUUACAAUUCACCACAGGCACAGACCGGGCCCCUGUGGGUGGCCUUGGCAAACUGAAGAUGAUUAUAGCCAAGAAUGGCCACGACACAGACAGGUUACCCACAUCGCACACUUGUUUUAAUGUCCUCUUGCUUCCUGAAUACUCCACUCAGGAGAAGCUUAAAGAAAGACUCUUAAAGGCCAUUACCUAUGCCAAAGGAUUCGGAAUGCUGUAACAGAUACAUGGCUGUUAUAAAGCACUGACAUUUCUUUGGAAGUUUAAUGUCCCUAUUUAAUAAAGAAAAGCAAAGCUGUCUAAGGUAGUGAGCUCCAGUAGUCACUUGUGUCUGUGCCGCCCUCCUGUACAGAGGGCAGUGAGCUGGAACAGCAGAGUACAGCUGCUUGCAGGAACACCUUUUUUCUGUUCAUGUGAAUUAUUCUAUAUUCCUUCACUUGUGUAUACAAAAAUGGGGUUUUCCUGACUAUUUUAAAGGUUAAAUCAGUUUCUCAUUGUUUCGUCUGCUUGGAGUUGAGCUGUUUUUUGGGGGUGGGCCAGUAUAUCAAUUGUAAAAUCCCUGGAAAAUCUUUCCAUUGUUUAAGAGAAAAAAAAAAAGAAAACUUGGAGCUUUCGGCUCUUUUGCUUUCCCUUUUUUGUGACUUCACUCAAUGAGGAGCUGUAAGCUGUAAGUUGAAACUUGAAACCGUGGAAGUGGUGUAUUGUAACUACUGCUGUUGUAGCUGAAAGAGAAUCCAGACGUAUCACUGCUCAAUAAAGAUGGAAGGGGGACUUUGGACUGUUAAACUGCAGCCUUGAGAACUUGACUUCAACCACAGCACAUAAAAGCAAAAGAAAGGCAGCAUUCACCCCACGAUUGAGGGGCUUUACCAGUCUAGCAACCUGAGUAUCGUACUUUAUUAUUUCUAAAGGAUAUUGUUUAGUAAUAGGCAGUACUUGCAGUACUUUUCCCUCUUGGGUGCAUUUUCAUGAAUUAGUGCGGAGUACUGAAGAACAGUAAGAGAUUGCUGUACCGUGUAAUCGUGCAGCGUGUGAAAGUGCACUUACAAAAAUGUGAAAUGUUUAAACUGCUCGUUACAAUGACAUUGUUUUUUGUUGAAAUUAUCACUUAAUUUUGAGUCUCACCAGUUUGCCAUUGUUUUACAGCUCUGUUUUCUAACAAGAAAUAUAUUGUCAUUUGCAACAGCCAGUUUUUAUUUGCUGUAGACUUAUUAUUCACUUUGAUGCCUCCACAUCCACAUAAGCUUCACACUCACUGUGGCACAGGGAGUGAACAGGGACAGGAAACGCAGUACUUCAAAGUCUGAAAAACUAAACUCUUCUGCAAGAUGGGGGAUUGGUUUUGAAUUCUUGUUUAUAAGACUUGACGCUAUGCAACCGUAUCCAUUUCACUGCCAGUUUGGAAAUAUGUGCUCUUACAUUUGUAUGUGUCCUUCCUUUAUUAGAAAUAAUUGGCAUUUUGUAGACAACAGGAUAAUGCCACUUUCCCCGACAGUCUUGAAUAGCGCCAUGAAUUCCACACUCACUAGUGUGUGAGGGGGGGUUAAUAUCGGUAAGUGAUUCCACAGUGGACUUUACCUGAACACGAAGUUCAUAAAUCUGUCGCAGUACUCCAUUCAGCUGAAACGGACACAGGAGUUCAAUUCACAUUGUAUACAGAAUCUUCAAACGAAGAGUGAUAACCAUUUUCUGUCUUCAGCCACUCUCCAGCAAACAUACGCACAUGCAUUCAGUUUCCAUACACAAGUUUAUAGUUUGUGCUUCCACUUCUUUUCUAACCUUGUUAACCAGAUGCCCUGAUGUCUGUUGAUGUAAUGUACCUGUUAAUUGUACACCCCCACAGUUGUAUAUCUGAAAGAAGUCCAAUCUUUAAGGGAAGUAAAUAAUCAGUGUUGUUUUUAUUGGGUUCAUUUAAACCCAACCUUCUCUUCAAAACGAACGAACAAGAAGAAUAAGUGGCGUGUAAACAUGAUGCUGAAUAAAAGUGACUGCAUUUUUAAAA